GGCCCCAAGAUGGCAGCGCUGAGCGGGGACCCGCUGGGUUUGGAGCGCGACGUGUCCAGGGCCGUGGAGCUGCUGGAGCGGCUGCAGCGCAGCGGGGAGCUGCCCCCCCAGAAGCUGCAGGCGCUGCAGAGGGUCCUACAGAGCAAGUUCUGCUGCGCCAUCCGUGAGGUGUACGAGCAGCUCUACGACACCCUGGACAUCGCCGGCAGCCCCGAGAUCCGGGCCCAUGCCACAGCCAAGGCAACAGUGGCUGCCUUUGCUGCCAGCGAGGGCCACGCUCACCCCAGGGUUGUGGAGCUCCCCAAAACUGAGGAGGGUUUGGGGUUCAACAUCAUGGGGGGCAAAGAGCAGAACUCCCCCAUCUACAUCUCCCGGGUCAUCCCUGGGGGGGUCGCUGACAGACACGGGGGGCUCAAGAGGGGGGAUCAGCUGCUCAGCGUCAAUGGCGUG